UCUUCCGAUACAACCAAACGCACUUCGUCUUCACAGAGCAGACGCAGCGCCAUGGACCUUCACCGGACCAGUAUAUUGAAUCAAAUGGAUUACAGCGGCGAUUCGAAAGAGGGCAAGCCGGCUCAGGCGACGGAAGAGCGGCUAGACAGCGGCUUGGACUCGCUGAAAGAGGAGGAAUACCAGGCUGUGGCGGCCGAGCUGACUCGGCUCAAGGUGGACUGCCUGCCGCCGCAGCACCAACAGCAACCCGCUGCGACCGGAGAGCCGCAGGAAUGGAAAACACAGAUCACGGAGGACGGAGACACGCUCCUCCACCUGGCCAUCAUCCACGAGGCCAAGGACUGUAUCAGCACCAUGAUCAAUUUGUCCAGGAACACACACUUCCUCAACACACAGAAUGACCAGAGACAGACUCCCCUCCACCUAGCAGUAAUAACAGACCAGCCGGACGUGUGUGAGCGCCUGCUGGUGGCCGGCUGCGACCCCACGCUGGUGGACGACAGCGGGGACACGCCUCUUCACAUCGCCUGUCGCCGCGGUAACCUGGUCUGCUUCAGCACCAUCACACAGAACUGUCAGUCGGAGCAUUUAAACACCAUCAUGGCUGCCUGCAACUACCAGGGUCAGAAUUGCCUCCACCUGGCCUCAGUGCAGGGCUUCCUCUCACUGGUGGAGACCCUGGUCGCUCUAGGAGCUGACAUCAACGCACAGGAGCAGUGUAAUGGUCGCAGUGCGCUACAUUUGGCUGUAGACCAGCAGAACCUGUCGCUGGUCAAACUGCUGCUGAAGGGCGGCGCCAACCCCAACCACCUGACCUACGGCGGCCAUUCCCCAUUCCACCUCACCUACGGUCGCGAAGACGAUGACAUCAGGAAAGAGCUCUACCCACUGACCAGUCCUGCCCUGAGGGAGCUGCCCGACAGCGAAUCAGAAGACAGUGAGGAAGAGGAGGAUGAGCAGUCUGAUGAGGAGGUGGGAUAUGAUGACAUCCAGUGGAACGGACAUUAACAGGAAGCAAAGGAAGUUGCAGAGGAGGGGGGCUGUGAUGAUGAUGGCAACGGACAACAGAAACUGCCUCGGCAUGUCCGUAUUCUUCCUGCAAUGAAGUCACAGGAGCCCAACAACGUACGGGUGACGCAGCACGAGCGUGUCGACGGACAAACAGGGGGACAGGUCGUAAGGAUGGACAGACAGCUGCACGGUUGACUCAAACAAGCCAGAGACUGACAGCUGAAUAAACCAAUGAGACUGCUCCAGAGUGCCGGAAGCACACACAAACAUGAUCAGAUGCUAAAAAAGAAAAAAGAAGAAAAAAAAAUCCAAAUUAUGAUGGGAUGGGGGUCUCUUAUUGCUGUAUGAUAGAGGAUCGCUUGUAUUCUAUGGACACUGCAAAAGAAAAAAAAACCUCACAAAACAUCCAUCCACACAGUUGUACCUGCAACAUGUAUGUUGUAUGAUAUUGUAAAUGCUGUGUAUACAAAGAUGUAUUUUUUAUGGAAGCUGUGAAUGUGUACAGUUGAGCGGGUUGUAAAUGUCAAGACAGCAAACAGUGCAGCACACUCCAUUUAAAUUAAAAAAAAAACUUAUAUUUAACUCCA